UUGGAAAAAUAGCUUUGGAAGACGCAACCUCAAUUCAUCGAAAUAAUAACUUUCAAACGUUUCCGCAAGCUGUGCUCGUACUAUUCAGAUCAGCAACUGGAGAAGCGUGGCAAGACAUCAUGUUGGAUUGUUCAUCGCGGCCGGGCGAAGUAUUGUGUGAUCCACGAUCAGACGAUGCUAAUUCACCGGAAGGCUGUGGAUCUAGUAUAGCAUUCCCAUAUUUCAUUUCCUUCUACGUACUGUGCUCAUUUCUAAUCAUCAAUUUGUUCGUUGCUGUUAUUAUGGAUAACUUUGAUUACCUUACUCGCGAUUGGUCUAUCCUGGGUCCGCAUCAUUUGGACGAAUUCGUUAGAUUAUGGAGCGAGUAUGAUCCUGAUGCAAAAGGAAGGAUAAAGCACUUGGACGUUGUGACAUUGCUACGGAAAAUAUCUCCACCAUUAGGAUUUGGUAAACUUUGCCCUCAUCGAGUUGCUUGUAAAAGGCUUGUUUCGAUGAAUAUGCCAUUAAACAGUGAUGGCACCGUUCUCUUCAACGCAACAUUGUUUGCUGUCGUGAGAACAUCGUUGAAAAUUAAAACAGAAGGUAACAUCGAUGACGCAAAUUCGGAACUGAGAGCAACUAUUAAACAAAUAUGGAAACGAACUGCUCCAAAAUUACUCGAUCAAGUAGUUCCCCCUCCAGGAGUUGAUGAUGAAGUGACAGUUGGUAAAUUCUACGCCACGUUCCUCAUUCAAGAUUACUUUAGGAGAUUUAAGAAACGCAAAGAAAACGACAAUAAGAAUGUAGAUUAUGACAAUAGACGCACAAUGACAUUACAAGCAGGGUUAAGGACACUACAUGAAGCAGGUCCUGAACUGAAACGUGCUAUCUCUGGUAAUCUUGAAGAUAUGGGUGACGACAAUCCAGAACCAAUGCAUAGAAGAAACCACACGCUAUUCGGCAAUAUGUGGUCAUCGAUACGACGACCAGGCCAGUUUCCAAAGAAGGGUAACAAUGUAGCUCCAAAAACAUCAGCAACUUCUGCCGCUGCAUCGGCCGCCAUGCAUGCGGUGUUAUCAGGAGCGGAAGCUUACAAAGCACCAUAUUGUCAAAUCAACAAUGGUUUCAACCGUAUAGCGAAAAAUGAACCAGUGCAUGACAAUAUUCCGCUACAUCCAUUGCUGCUCGACGGUAGUAAUACCACACAGACAGGCCGCGUCUUCAAUGCAAAUGAAUUACCGAAAGGAAACAAAUUAACAACGAGCACAUCCGUGACAUCCACUAAAUCUACGACGACUGUGCUUAACGACGAUGUUGAAUCAAAUUCAUCUUCAUCGAUACGUAGAAGAAAUAGACUCAAUUUUAAUAACAUGUUGAUGCUAAUGGUAGAUGAUAAAACGAAAGAAAAAUAUUGUUACGACAGUUUAGAUGAAGGAUCAGAAGGUUCUGUAAUGACUUCAAAAACGUCCUCUACCAAUGAUACGUGUGACGGUUUCAAAACUGUGUACAACUCGAUAGUUCCAGCAAGGAGUAAACCUGACCAGCAGAGUAUACCGCUUUCAUACAUCAGAUCAGCAAACGAACAUAACGUUGGCAAAUAUCAAUUCUUCGUGAGACAAAAUGCCUUCCAAAGUAGCCCACUCAAUUUGAGAAAGGAAAUCACUCACUCAAUCGUGUGUGAUGACAUUCAAUUAAUGACAAAAGUAUUACCCAACGCGGAACAACACUCAAACACGAAGAGUAUCGAUACGGAAAAGUCAGGUCUAUUGUUUAAUAGCAAAUCGGAUUCCAUUAUAAUAGGCCACUCAGCAUCAUACGAGGCUAAUUCUAUGUCUUGUGAGUUGGCUGAUUCAUCACUAACUGAAGAAUGUACUACAGCUUCACGAACUGAAGAAUGCAGCAGCCGAAUAUACCCCAAAAACCAACGGUUCUCUCAUGGUAGAAGAGCAACAAAUGGCGGUAACAUUGGCAGAGGGAACUUCAUACCAGCCAGAGUGAUUCAGUCUACGCCAAGUAGUCCACAAGAUAAAAGAAACAAAACUAUUGAAGUUAUCGGAUCAGCAGAAAGCCUCGUUGGACGAGUUUUAUUAGAACAAGGAUUAGGUAAAUAUUGUGAUCCAGAAUUUGUGCAUUGCGCUCAGCUGGAAAUGCAAGAAGCCCUGGAAAUGACACAGGAGGAAAUGGAUUUAGCUGCUCAUGAACUAAUGCUUCAAGAAAGAUUCAACAGGAACUAUAGCCAGCCAAAACAACUACAGCCAAAACAAAAAAGAAAAAAUGACAACCAAAUUUUAUAGCAGAAUUUAAAAGUGAUAACAUAAGUUAUAUUUCAUAUGAUUUCCGUUAUUAUUUUUACUUGUGUACCGUUAUCAAAUGGAUUUGGUCUGACAACUUGUUGUUUUCAUUUUUGCUAGAGUGCCUGUAAAAUAGAAUAUCUAGAAAUGACUACCUGAGACUCGAUUUGAGAGAGGUGAGCAAAGAAAAUAAAAUAAAUCUCAACGCGAACCGGCACACAUUUUCAUUCUUAAAUUAAUUAGAAAAUAUCGCGUUUUGAGAAAGCAAGAUCAAUAUUCGUGGGUUUUGAAAACUGCCCAAGUAACCAAAAGCAUUAGUAAUAACCUGUAAAUCAACUUCAACAAUCCAGAGUUCAUCAUACCCUAUAACCGCAGCAAUAAUCUGAUUUACAAAUUUUG